AUGGAGUGCAAUGAAGAAAGAUCAUCUUAGAAUGAUUAACCUAAUAAACUUGGAAUAUCUAAAAAAUAAAAGAAGAAAAAUGAAUAUGAUUAUCAUAGAAAAAAGAGAAGAGGAAUGGAUGGAUCAAAUAGUAAGAAAUCAGGACAAAGAUUCACUGAGGAGGAAGAUCGGUUGAUUCUAUAGUUAGUAUUGAAUAAUGGUCCUAAAUUCUAAAAGAUCCAUAGACAUUUUCCAGGGAAAACUUUGGCUAUGGUGAAGAAUCGAUAUUAUAAGCAUUUGCGUUUUAGAUGGGAAUUAUUAGGAUAGUAUAACUAUUUUACUAUUAGAAAUUAUAAACAUUUAAGUGUUCCGUAAGAAUAAUUAGAAACAUUGUGCGAGUAAUAGAAGAAAGUGAGCAAUAUUCUAAAUGCUGAGAAAGAUGAUCUAAUUACACAAAUAACCUCGCGUACUACAUUACUAUCGAAUGCUCGUAUGUUAGUUGAAUACAUAGUUGAAUAAUUGUUAUGAUUUAAAAGUUAGUCAAUUAUGAUUCUGACUAUAACUCUAAUAUUCUUCUAGAACCAAAGAAACUUUAAAUGAUAUUAGUCAUUCUUGAUCAUCUAAACAAAUAUCAUAGACAAAAAACUUAAAUGAUGAUAGGGUUGUCAAAGUAGAUCAGCAAUCUGAAACUGAUGAUAAUAAACUAAUUCCAAUUUAGCUCAAAGAGAUUAAGAAUCCAAAAUUUUAUGUCUAAUUAUAGUAAACAAAGCAUAAAUUAGAUUAGCAACAUGUUAUACUUAUAAAUAAGUGUGGACUUCCAAUGCCUCCUGGUAUAAAUUACACAGAAUCAGAAAUUUUUAAAUAAUAUAGUUUUUAAAAAAUAAAAGAAGAGAAGAAUAAUAUUGAAUUUAACAGAUUGAUUUAUGAUGAUAUACAUAUUGUAAGAUUAAAAACUAGAAAAAUGAAAAAGUAAAUGUGAAUUUAACUUCAGGAGAAAUAAUUCAUAAAUAAUUAAAUUACAAGGUGAAAAUGAAAAUUAUUAUGAAAUAUAAAGAAUUAAGAUAAAUAGAUAAUAAGAAGCUUUCUUUAAAGUAUAUUUUGAUGUGAAUUAAUUAAAGAGAGUAGAGGAAUUCUAUCUUCUAAUUUUUGAAGGUUUUUUAAAAUAAGCGAGAUAUGAGUAAAGAUGA